UGAAGGACCAUUGUUCCAAUUGUUUUUGUUAACAUUUAAAUGUGUCAAAAAAUCUGGUACAAAUUGAGAGUUGUGUACUUUAAAUUUUAAUAGGUAUAAGAUAGGAAAUUAUUUGAUUAAUUUUAAUUAGCGGCCUGCAAUACUGCAAGCUCUGCCUGAUGAAAAUUUUCAAAGUCAGUGCUGUCACACAAGAAGCAGGACCAGGGACGACAAUAUUUUAUUCCCCACUGUCAACCGAUUACAUUCGCCAAAAUGUUCGAGGAGGCGAGCGAAGUGUUCGAUAAUAUGUUCAAAGCAUCCUUUCCCCUCACCUUCAUCGUAUUUAUCCCGGCGGUGCUCAUCCUGGUGUCACCGCUGCCGGCCGAGGCGGCACACGAGUUCACCGUGUAUCGCAUGCAGCAGUACGACCUGCAGGGACAGCCCUACGGAACCAGAAAUGCCAUCCUGAACACGGAAGCUCGUACUGUGGAGGCAGAGGUUCUAAGUCGCCGUUGUGUCAUCAUGCGGCUUGCGGACUUCUCCUAUGAGAAGUAUCAGAAAGCCUUGCGCCAAUCGGCAGGGGCUGUGGUCAUCAUCCUGCCUCAAAACAUGUCCACUAUGCCGCAGGACAUAGUACAGCAAUUCAUGGAGCUGGAGCCGGAGAUGUUGUCCACAGAGACCGUUGUCCCGGUCUACUUUGCCAUGGAGGAUGAGGAGUUGCUGUCUAUUUACACCCAAACGCUGACGUCGUCCUCCUCCCAGGGAGCUUUGUCUGCAGCUGAAGUAUUGCUGCAUACGGCCACUGCCAAUGGUUUCCAAAUGGUCACUAGUGGUGCUCAGAGCAAAGCAAUGAGUGACUGGGCCAUCACCAGUCUGGAGGGCCGCCUGACUGGUGUCGGUGGAGAGGAUUUACCCACAAUUGUGGUGGUGGCUCAUUACGACUCCUUUGGAGUAGCUCCAUGGCUGUCGUAUGGCGCCGAUUCAAAUGCAAGCGGAGUGUCCAUGUUACUGGAGCUGGCCCGUCUUUUCUCGAAACUCUACACCUACAAGAGGACACAUGCUGGAUACAACCUGCUGUUCUUUGUCUCUGGUGGAGGAAAGUUCAACUACCAAGGCACCAAACGAUGGCUAGAAGACAAUCUGGACCACACGGAUUCCAGUCUCCUACAGGACAAUGUCGCCUUUGUGUUGUGUCUUGACACAUUAGGUAACGGAGAUGCUCUUCACCUGCAUGUGUCCAAACCACCCAAAGAGGGAACACCUCAGCAUGCUUUCCUCAAGGAGCUGGAGACGGUGGCAGCCAGCCAGUACCCAAGGAUGAAGUUCUCCAUGGUCCACAAGAAAAUCAACUUGGCCGACGACAUGCUGGCGUGGGAACACGAGCGCUUUGGGAUCCGCCGCCUCCCGGCUUUCACGCUCUCGCACCUGCCCUCGCACCGCCUGGCCCAGCGCUCCAGCAUCAUGGACGUGCGGUCAGUGUCCCCCUUCCCUCGCUAUGGAGCGGGAGAGCCCCCUGCUGGGCCACAUGUCGACAUUGAGAAAUUAAGCAGAAACACAAAGGUAGUGGCAGAGGCCCUGGCUCGUGUCGUGUACAACCUCACGGAAAAGGAAGCCCCCAGCGACAUGCACAUCUUCACUGAACAAAUGGUACAAGAGGAGCACCUGUUCGCCAUGGUGGACUGGCUCUCAGCACAGCCGCGGGCUGCCCAGCUGGUGGACAAGGACAGCAGCGUGGUAUCCACCCUGGAGUACCAGCUGGGCCGCUACCUCAAGGAUGUCAAGAAACACUAUGUCAAAGCAGACAAGAGGGAUCCAGAAUUUGUGUUCUACGAUCAGCUGAAGCAGACCAUGAACGCAUACAGAGUCAAGCCCGCCAUCUUUGACCUGCUGCUGGCCAUCUGCAUUGCUGCCUACCUGGGCGCCAUGUAUCUGGCCAUCCAGAACUUUGGAGCGUUAUACAGCGUGGCGCGGAGAGUCACUCAAUUCAAAGUGAAGGCGCACUAAAGACGAAACCCACAAACUUUUUCGUUUGUUACUUUGGAGACACGCUCAGGGUGCUUUUCAAAGCUGCCCCAAUCAUUCCCAUCAUCGUCUGCUUCCCUCCUAUGAUGUCACUUCCUGUCAACUUGAAAUGUGCAUGCUGUCUGAAGUGGUUUGACACUCCCUCCCACCUCCUUCCUCGUUUUCACCAAAUGCACUCUUGUCACUCGCGGCUGGACGGAUGCAAAUUUGUCUUCCUGUACAAGGACUUGAUUGUUUGGAAACUAAACUUUUUGAGCGAAACAUCCUCUGUUGGAUGUUUUUAAAUUCAUCUAUCACAUGACAACAACAAUGUGGGUACAUGAUUGGGUCCUAGUCCAACACCUUGAAAAUCAAUACGGGGAAAAUGUUAAUGAUUGAAAAGUGUCCAGAGUAAUUGCUUGACAACUCUUAAUUUAAUCAAGAAAAUUAAUGUGAAGUAGUAUAUAGGUGUUAAAAUCAUAUCUUCAGUUUGUUCCCCUUUAAAAGAAAAAAAAAAACAUACAGGAAAUGUUGGUCAAAAUUGAAUACUUAAAACUAAUUUUGUUUGUUGCCUAAUGUGUCUUUGUGUUGGACAAUUUUUCUUUGUUUUCCAAUGUUUUGUGUUUUAAUGCAGCUUAAAGGUAAAAAGUCACAAGUCCAUGUUCUUGUCUCAUCACAGCUUUGUGUGUAAGAGUGCAUCUGCAGUUUUGUUGUCGUUAUCACUGUGUUAUGACCUUUUGCUGAUAGUGGAAGAUCACAAAGUGGGUAAAGUGGGCUUAGUCUUUAAAAGCACACCAGUGACGAUAGUGAAAAAGGAAAUCUUAAAAACACUUGCAGGUAAACUUUUUUUUUUUUUUUUUUUCCCUUGCAUGACUUGUUCUUCCCCAAUUCAAAAGCCACACUUUCAUGACAAUUAAUUUAUUAAACUGGUGCACCUGAAUAAUGACCUUUGCAAAAAAAAAUGAUUAUGAAAAAUAAAUGACUUUUUUUUGGUACUGA